AUGGAUUCUAAGUUACAAAAUGAAAAGCUUGAGCCAAAUAUGGGUUCUAAUUCAUGCAAGAGUCUUAUGUUCCAUAAAAGGCCUGGCUAUGGACAAUUGGGAACUAAGUGUUUAGUUAAAGCCAACCAUUUUCUUGCUGAAAUACCAGGAUCUGACUUGAGUCAUUAUACUGUAGAAAUAACCCCAGAAGUUGCUUCUAGAAAACUCAACAAAGCUAUUAUGACAGAACUAGUUAAACUUCAUAGGAACAGUGACUUGGGGAUGAGGCUUCCUGUUUAUGAUGGAAGGGAAAAUUUAUACACAGCUGGAUCACUGCCUUUUACCUCUAAGGAGUUCACUGUAAUAUUAGUCGAUGAAGAUGAAAGAACCGGGAAUGUUAGGACAAGAGAAUUUAAAGUGAUGAUCAAGUUUGUAGCUCUUGCUAGUAUGGCGCAAUUGCGCAACCUUCUAUCAGGGAAACAAGUUGAUACACCUCAAGAAGCCCUUAAUAUUAUUGAUACUGUGUUGAGGGAAUUGGUGGCUCAAAGGUACAUAUCAGUUGGAAGGUUCCUUUAUUCUCCUAAUAUCAAGAAACCUCAAACAUUGGGUGGUGGCUUAGAGGCAUGGCGCGGCUUCUACCAGAGUAUAAGACCUACUCAGAUGGGAUUGUCUUUAAAUAUUGAUAUGUCAACAACUGCAUUUUUCGAACCCUUACCUGUAAUCGAUUUUGUUGCACAAAUUUUGGGUAAAGAUGUGUAUUCAAGGCCAAUGUCAGAUGCAGACCGUGUUAAGGUUAAGAAAGCCCUUAGAGGUGUAAAAGUGGAAGUGACUCACAGAGGAAAUGUACGCAGAAAGUACCGGGUUUCAGGGUUGACUACUCAGCCAACAAGGGAGCUAAUUUUUCCACUUGAUGAGCAUAUGAACAUGAAGUCAGUUGUUGAAUACUUUCAAGAGAUGUAUGGAUAUACUAUUAGAUAUGCACACCUCCCUUGCCUUCAAGUAGGAAAUGAGAAAAAAGUGAACUAUUUGCCAAUGGAGGCUUGCAAGAUUGUUGAAGGACAGAGAUACACCAAAGGGCUGAAUGAGAAACAGAUUACUUCUCUACUAAAGGUUUCAUGCCAAAGACCCCGCGAACAAGAAUUGGACAUCUUACAGACAGUUCAACAAAAUGACUAUGAUCAAGAUCCUUAUGCAAAAGAGUUUGGCAUCAAUAUAGACAGCAAGCUUGCAUCAAUCGAGGCUCGGGUUCUUCCUGCUCCAUGGCUGAAGUAUAAUGACAAUGGAAAAGAAAAAGAAUAUUUGCCCCAAGUUGGUCAGUGGAAUAUGAUGAACAAGAAAGUGAUAAAUGGAAGCACUGUAAGAUACUGGGCUUGUAUCAACUUUUCGCGAAGUGUUCAAGAGAGCACUGCUCAAAGCUUUUGUCAGGAGUUAGUUCAGAUGUGCCAAAUCUCCGGCAUGGAAUUCAAUCGGGAUCCUGUAAUUCCGGUACAUUCAGCAAGACCUGAUCAAGUCAAGAAGGCACUGAAAUAUGUGUAUCAUGCUGCUACAAACAAACUUGAAGGAAAAGAACUUGAAUUACUCAUUGCCAUUCUUCCAGACAACAAUGGUUCCUUAUAUGGUGAUCUGAAACGAAUUUGCGAAACAGACCUGGGUUUGAUUUCUCAAUGCUGCCUUACAAAACAUGUCUUCAAGAUUAGCAGACAGUACUUGGCAAAUCUCUCACUUAAAAUAAAUGUCAAGAUGGGGGGAAGAAAUACUGUGCUCUUAGAUGCCCUAAGUUGGAGAAUUCCUUUGGUUAGUGACAUUCCAACAAUAAUAUUUGGAGCUGAUGUAACUCAUCCUGAGUCUGGAGAGGACUCUAGUCCAUCUAUAGCAGCUGUUGUUGCCUCACAAGAUUGGCCUGAAGUGACCAAGUAUGCUGGACUGGUAUGUGCUCAGCCCCAUAGACAAGAACUUAUUCAAGAUCUGUACAAAACAUGGCAGGAUCCUCAACGUGGCACGGUUACUGGAGGCAUGAUCAGGGAGCUCUUACUUGCAUUUAAGAAGGCCACUGGACAAAAGCCACUGAGGAUAAUCUUUUACAGAGAUGGUGUCAGUGAAGGCCAAUUCUACCAGGUUCUACUAUAUGAACUUGAUGCCAUACGGAAGGCCUGUGCAUCAUUGGAAUCAACUUACCAACCUCCAGUUACAUUCAUUGUGGUCCAAAAGAGGCAUCAUACUAGGCUUUUUGCAAGCAACCACAGUGACAGAAGCAGCACUGACAAGAGUGGGAAUAUUUUGCCUGGUACUGUGGUGGACUCUAAGAUUUGUCAUCCAACUGAGUUUGACUUCUACCUAUGUAGUCAUGCAGGAAUCCAGGGAACAAGUAGACCUGCACACUAUCAUGUUCUUUGGGAUGAGAACAACUUCACAGCAGAUGAAAUCCAGUCUUUGACCAAUAACCUCUGUUACACGUAUGCUCGUUGCACGCGAUCUGUUUCAGUUGUGCCACCAGCAUAUUAUGCUCAUCUAGCAGCCUACCGGGCGCGAUUCUACAUUGAACCAGAGGCAACUGAAAAUGCUAAAGGGCAAUGCACGCGCACAAGCAACGGAUCAUCUGUCAAGCCUUUACCGGCAUUGAAAGAGAGGGUUAAGAAUGCGUCCAGAAGUGCUAAGCGUAUUAAGGACAAUUCUUCUUCAGUCAUGGAUUGUUCUGAUCAUCUCCCGGCCUCAGACAGACAUUGUUCCAUGGAUACAGAAAUUCCUUCCUUUCCUCAGUUGUUGAACAAUGCUAAUGUCUCAUCCUAUAGAGACAUGCUUAUUGCCGACCAAGACGAGGCUGAAAUCUCCUAUUACUGCAAUGCAUCUUUUCUGAAUGAAAUAUUUGAUUCAGACUCUAAGUCUGAUGAAGAGGAAGGGGUUGCAUCUAUAUCUCUCUCUAAAGAAGAGAAAAGGAGAAUUCGUACCCCCUGGGCUAAUGGAUUAAUUGCUAAAGCUUAUGGCCGAAAUGCUCGUCUACCAGGACUCUCCAUUGAAUUAUUUGAUUCUAAUAUUCUCAAAAGAAUUGGAAAUCAAUUGGGAGUCCUCCUAAGACUUGAUGCCACAACAGCCAGUAACUCCAGGGGCAAGUAUGCCCGUAUGUAUGUUCAAGUGGAUCUUGACAAACCAUUAAUGCGCACUGUCAAGAUUGGAAAAUUUAGACAACCUGUCUUGUAUGAAACAGUGGCUGGCCUUUGCUUUAAAUGUGGUUGUAUUGGUCAUAAUGAGGCCAGUUGUAAGAGGAAUGAGACUCAACAAAAUGAUGACAUGGUUAUUAAUGAUACCAUAAAUAAUCAAAAUCAAAAUACUCUGGAUACAGAGCAAGAAAAAGAGGAACAAAAGGGUUGCGGCCCUUGGAUGGUUGUGACCAGAAAGCGCAAUCAAAAGGCCAAAAACCCACAUCCAAAAGGAGGUAAUACAGUUACGGGAAGCCGUACUGGUUUUCCGGCAACGGCUAACCACACCAAAAACCAGAGCUCUAGCUCUGACAAACGCAACGGUCACUGGCAAGCUGAUAAGAAAAUCCUUAACGGGAAAAUUUUUACUAAUUCAAAAAAUGAAAAGGGCUCAUCUAGCAGGCCAUAUUCUGAGAAUCAUAUGGAUCAUGUGGGCUUGGCUAAUUCUAAGGCCCAAAUGUUACAGCCUUCUACUAAAGAAAUAAAUACUUCUCCCCACGUGACUUCUGAUCCUGCACUCUUUUCUUCUUUUGAUGGUUCUGACAUUACUCAGCCUUCAAUGGUUAUUGACAACUCAGGAAGUUUGAAAACUUCAAUUACUCAUUCUUCUCAAGCAUUAAAACCCUUUAAACCUUCUGUCUCUCACCAACCACCACAGUGUGAAAAUGAACCCAUCUACCGACCCCAACCUACCCAAAUUGGAGUUACCCCCAAUCACUCCCACUGUGAGAAAGAUCCCACUACCUUCCCCGAGAUUGGAUCUAUUCCUGUUUUACAAGGACAUCGGAAUCUCUUUGGACCGGCCACUAUUCAGCACUCUACAUCCCGAGAGCAUUCCGUCACCACGAAACACUCCGAUUCCACUCAGCAAGGCUUGGCACAAUCUGGUGGCAGAAGCCAGGGACCGAGUGGUGAAGGAGCUAAUGAAUCCAAGCCCGGAACCUUGGGUGACGGGCAACAUGAUGAGAGUGAUAUUCGAAUCCGAGAUGGAAUUCACCAAAGCGAUUCUAAUACACUAGGGAAUCAUGGAGACAACCGUUAUAGGGCGGUUCUUCAACAAGCAAGGGGAGCCAAUUCUGAUCUACGAUUUUGCGAUAAUGCCGGAGUGUCACCUCAAUGCCAACUUAAUUUGGAAGAACUGCCUUCUGUUAUGUUUAUUUCUGAAACCCGAGUUGCUGGAACUCGAGCUCAUGACAUUGCUAUGUCUCUUGGUUUUACAGAUGUCCAUCUCAUUGAUCCGGUUGGCUUUGCUGGAGGAUUGUGGAUGUUUUGGAACCAUGAGGAUACUUCUGUUAAUAUCAUCCCUCACGGAGAUCAAGCGAUUCAUGCCGAAAUCCAGGUAACUCUACCCAACUUCGGUUCUUUUACUUGGCUUUUAAGUGGUAUUUAUGCUAGUCCUAAACUUAAUAAACCUAAACUGUUGUGGAAUGAGCAUGCCUCUUUAAGUCCUAAUGUUCUUGGACCUUGGACUAUCAUUGGUGAUUUCAAUGAUGUGAUUAGUACUGAUGAAAGAUUUGGGGGUAAUACCCUAAACCCUUAUAGAAUUAGACUUUAUAGGGAAUGUAUGGAUGCCUGCAACAUGACCGAUCUUGGGUAUUCUGGUUCCAAGUUCACUUGGAUUAAUUGUCGUUUUUCUAGCAUCCUCAUUCGGCAACGUAUUGAUCGGGCUUGGGGGAAUGCUGACUUUAACAUUGUUUUUCCUAAUGCUAAAGUCACCCACCUUCCUCGUUUUAAUUCGGACCAUAACCCCAUCCUUUUAGACCUUUGCCCCAUUUUGUCCCCUAUUGUUAACAAACCCUUUAGAUUCGAGUGGUGUUGGUUCCAAUACCCUGACUUCAUGGAGUUUAUGAGAAAUAUUUGGCAGAAUUCAAAGAGUAAUCUCAUGGGAACCAUUGAUUCCUUCACCUCUCUGGUUAAACAGUGGAAUGUGGAGGUCUUUGGCAACAUCCACGUUCGUAAAUGUAAGGUCCUUGCUAGACUUAAAGGUAUCGAUGAGAGCCUCGAUAAUCAUCAUAGUACCUUUCUCGUCAAUCUCCAAAAAGACCUCUUCCGAGAAUAUCAAGAUAUCCUUAAGCAAGAAGAGGAUCUCUGGAAGCUUAAAGCAAGAAUUAAUUGGAUUGUGGAUGGGGACCGUAACACAAAUUUUUUCCACACUACCACCAUUAUUAGGAGAAGAAGGAACAUGAUUGAUAGUCUUAGAGAUACUGUGGGGAACUGGUAUCAUGACCCCGAGGAACUAAAAAACAUGAUCACAUAUUAUUUUAAUUCCUUGUACACCACCUCCCUCAUCUCUUGUUCCAGGUUUGAUUCUUUUGGCUCUCCUCCUGGACCCAAAAUUGAUGUUUUCUGUCAUGACUCUCUCAUUGCCAUUCCCAUCAAGCAGGAAAUCUUUAAAGCUCUUUUUGACAUGAAGCCUCAUAAAUCCCCUGGACCCGAUGGUCUUCACCCGGGGUUCUUUCAGAGAUGUUGGAAAGCUACUGGUCCUACACUUGUGAAUGAAAUCACUGAGAUCCUUGUCAAUCGUAUUCGUCCUCUCCUUGCUGAUAUUAUUGGUCCCAACCAAGUCAGCUUUCUUUCUGGAAGGAAAGGUGCUGACAAUGUCAUUAUCCUACAAGAAAUUGUUCAUUCUUUCAACAAGAAAUCUGGUAAGGUUGGGGAUAUGGUGUUAAAACUUGAUCUGGAAAAAGCCUAUGACAAGCUUGAAUGGAACUUUAUUAGAAAUACCCUUUCUUUCUUUAAUUUUCCUGCUGAGCUUAUUGAUCUUAUUAUGAAUUGUGUCAGCUCUGUUAAUAUGUCUGUUAUUUUUAAUGGUGAGAGGACUGAUACCUUCCAUCCUUCGAGAGGAAUAAGGCAGGGUGAUCCUCUAUCGCCCUACCUCUUCAUCUUCUGCAUUGAAUACCUUUCCUUGCUUAUUAGAGAUGAAUUUGAUAAAGGGAAUUGGCGCACCUUCCGGUUCUCUAGGUCUGGCCCCCCCAUUACUCACCUCUUUUUUGCAGAUGAUUUGAUCCUCUGUGCUAAAGCAACUACUGAUAACUGCAUUUUGAUUAAUGACAUUCUUAAAAAAUUCUGUAUGCUCUCAGGCCAACAUGUCAAUGUGGAGAAAUCAAAAAUUUUAUUCUCAAGAAACACUGAUCCUGUUUUAAAAAAUGCCAUUGCCGAUAACCUGGGUUUUGAGGCUGUUAAGGAUUUGGGAAAGUAUUUAGGCUUCCCCAUAUCUAACAAGCGGCCUAGUAAGCAAACCUGCCAUUUUAUUAUUGAGAAAAUUAAUAAUAAACUGGCUGGCUGGAAAUCCAAGUUCCUUUCCCUUGCAGGAAUAGCCACUUUGAUUAACUCCACUAUUUUCUCCACUUCGGCCUAUUACAUGCAGGCCAUGAAGUUGCCGGCUGCGACUCUCAACCAAAUUGAUAGCAUCUGCAAGAAUUUUCUUUGGGGUUCUACUGCUGAGAAAAAGAAACUCCAUUUAAUUAGUUGGGAAAUAGCUACACUCCAUAAGGACCAGGGGGGUCUUAGUCUUAAAGAAGCCAAGCACCUCAAUCUUGCCUACAUGGCUAAGCUGGCAUGGCAAGUCAUAGGGCCUCAAAAUCUUCCUUGGCUACAAAUCCUUCGAGAUAAGUAUCUCAAAACUACCAAUAGUAGGAAUACUUCCUCUGCUUCCCCUUUAUGGAAAGAAAAUGUUGUUGAUAUCAAAGUUCAAGAUAUGAUUGAUGUUGAUGGUGUUUGGAAGCUUGAUUCUCUGGCUUUCCUUCCCCAUGAUAUUAUUGAUAAUAUCAAAAGCACUCCCAUCCAAUUCUCGGGUGCUGUUGAUGAUUCUAUCUCUUGGAAGUUCUCGGCUGAUGCUGUGAGAGAGUUACUUUACAAUAGAGGCAUCUCUAAUGUUGCAAAUUGUCCUUGCUGCAACUCUACUGUGGAAUCUGUUGAACAUGUUAUGAGAAAUUGCAAGAAAGCUAUGAAGAUCUGGAGAGCUCUUAAACCCCCUGAUGCAGCUGCUCAAACCUUUAAUCUUCCCCUUUCUGACUGGUUGAAGGAAAACAGUAAAAUCCACACACCCUCUCAUGGACAUUUGUACAGAAUUAUCAAUAGCAUCCAUGAACACGCUGCUGAAUUUUAUGCUGCAACUUCUGCUACUUCUAAUAAAGUUCAUAGUGUGGUGCAGGUUAAAUGGGUGCCCCCUUUACAUGGUAUUAUUAAGAUCAACACAGAUGGGGCUUCCCAAGGAAACCCGGGUGAUGUCGGGGCGGGUCGCCUCUUUAGAGAUAGCCAUGGGAACUUCAUUCUGGGCUUUCAAAGAAAAAUUGGAAAGGCUACCAGUAUUUCUGCUGAACUUUGGGCCAUUAGAGAUGGCCUCAAGCUUGCUAAGAACAAUUGUUUUGAACAUAUCUGCAUUGAGACUGACUCUCAACUUGCUAUCCAGCUUAUUACUAACUGCUUUGAUAGUAAACAUCCUUUUAUUGCUUUACUUGAUGAUUGUAGGUACCUUUUGGACCUCUUGAACAUUCAGACCAUCAGCCACACCUUUAGGGAAGGGAACCAGUGA